AGGCGCCGUAGAGUUCAAUUGUGUCUCCAAAUUUGACAUGAUUACACUUAACCAAUUUAUGAACUGCCUGCACCCAACAUCCAUUCUUCUUCAAUCAUGACCGAACCUAAUUUCAAAACAUCCUGAUUUUCCCACUCAAAAUUAGAUACCCACAUACCCAAUCCAGCAUUUUUCUGUGGUAACUCUGAGCUCAAAUUUUAGAGCAGGACGCAACAUACGUCAACGGCAUGCCUGGAAACAUGAAAAAAUCCUUGAACAUAUCGACGGACCAGGAGUGCAGUAGCCCGAGCAUAUGGCUGCAUGUCUGGCAAAGUGUGGCACAAAUAACUGGAAUAACUACUGCCAAGUCAAUGCCACAUUAUCGGAAACCGAAGUUGCUGAAACGAGCAGGGAACUGCGGGGGACGAGGAUGAGUUGAGACACGACAACGGUGGAGCUACCAUUAGAAGAGGCCUUGUACAAGGACGUGGGACAGGGGCCGGAGAUUGAGGAGGAGGAGCCGAAUGAGGAGGAAGUGGCUUCAGUUGUCUCGCAAUUGCUUAGGCAUUCCUGCAGCUUACCAAGGCCGCAUUUUGUGUGGCACAGUGGGUAUAAGAUGUACCCGAACCAUGAUCAAAUGUUAACAUGUGGCUUAUAUCUAAACUUCUUCACAGUAGGUUUUUCCUCCUAUGACUUUUAUUCUAAUUCAAAAUUUAAAGCGGUUGGUUUUUCCAAAUCCUGUUCCUCAGCUUGCUCUCCGUGUCCCUGCACUCCCGACCAUGGCAAUAGUGCCAAUUUCCAACAUCCACUCUAUACGAGCGAAUCCUCUCCAGGGUCUAGAAUUCUUAUACGUUCCAUUGCAUUAUAGUGUGCACUUGACCACGACUUUGAUUUCGGCCAUCGGGAACUUCUUGUACCGCCUGUGGUCGCCGCCCUUGAGGAGAAGUUGUUGAUCCCAAUUUACAAUUUCUUUAGACGAUAUGCUAUUUGGAUCUCUUUUGUAGAGGCUAUGUAGUUUUCUAUGUUAUUUCUAAACCGCUCCACAGUGCCACAGAUUCAGAAGCCUCGGCAAAGGAGAGGUUAAAGAAGCCAGACUUGGACACCAAAUGGAAUGCGAAGCUGCGGAGGGACGCGAUUCGAGCGAGGCAGAUGAAGAAGAUGUUAGCCCAAGCGGAUGCAGAAGUAAAGUACGAAGAGGACAAGGGUCCAUGACCAGGACCAGUCUGGACUUGAGGCACUGCCAUGGAUCGGGAGGAGGUCGUGGAGCAGCAGGGCGAUGGGAAUUCGAGAAGGGGCAGCAUCAUCAGCAACAGCAGCAUAAACAAAACGACCAUCAGAGCCGCAGGAACGGAACAACCAUACACUUAACGAAAUCAAACCUAAGUAAGGAAGGAUAAUACUCCAAAUUAGUUUUACUUUUUGGACAAUUAAUAAUAUGCUGUAAGAAAAUAAAUAAUAUAAAUAAAUGUG